UCUCCAGCCAACGACUGUCUUUCUGUCUACUAUCUAGACUCUCUCUACCGUGUCGAAACUGACCGAGGGAGAAUAGAAGUCUGUAGAGGGGAUCUCGAGCCAGAGGGAGAGCGAGUAGUAUCUGACGUCGGGAAGAGAUAAAUCUCUUCGGUUCCAGAAGAUCUCCGCCGCUAAACCAGUGUCUCGCCCAUUACCGGUGACCCAAGCCGAUAGGGAAUACUGUAUUUCACAGCCAUUGUUUUGGUCGUCGACGUACAGGGAACGUCUACAGCACUAACUGUCUUCGCCACUAUUGCGAAUAUCAUCAGUUGUUUCGACUAAUACCCUCACUUCGGUGCUUUAUUCAUCGCCAAAUACUAUCUGAAAGCUUACAUUCUGUACUGCUUGAGCAGAGUCAUUCCAUCAACCGAAGGUAUAUAGAGUUUGUAGGUCUUGCAUAAUAGCAGGAAAAAAACCUCAUGAAAGGACGGAAGAAUCUAAAGAGGGCUGCUAGGGAAGAAGUCCUUACUCUACAAGAAGGACAAAGCAUAAUGCGAGUUGUAUCCCUUCGAGGUUCAAAUGUCAUUGAGGUAAUGGAUGCGGGAGGGGAGAAAUCAUUGGCACUGUUUCCAGCCAAAUUUCAGAAGAGCAUGUGGAUAAAACAAGGAAGCUUCGUUGUGGUAGAUGAAAGUGGGAGAGAGAAGGCUCUUGAAUCAGGUAGCAAGGUGGCAUGCAUGGUUUCACAAGUGCUCUUUUAUGAGCAAGUUCGCACACUUCAGAAAUCUACUAUUUGGCCAGAAAUCUUUAAAACAACCAACAAGGAUGAUUCAUGUUCCCACCUGCAGAGACCUGCAUCUCAACCUGAAGAGGAGUGGAAUUCAAGCGAUGACGAUGGUCUCCCUCCACUAGAGGCAAAUCUAAACAGAAGCAGACCCAAUUUCUGUUCAGAUUCCGAAUCAUGUUCAGAUAUAGAGUCUUAAACCAUUGGAUGGACAAGGCUGCAAAUGGUAUCCAUUUCUCCGAAGUCACAUUUGAUCCAGUUAAGGCAAUCUGAAUUCAAUCCAUUUAACAAUAUGAACUCGUCAAAUUUGGGUAUUUAACGAGGUGCAGGAGUAACAUGAAGACUCUACAUAUGAGUUCUCCACUUAAGGCGUCCUAUGUAUGAUUUUAUAUUUUCUAACAAAAACAACCCUACAGCAAAAAUUAUAGUUAUGUGAAAGAUUUUUAUCAUUAUGCGUAAUUAAUUUGAACCAUCUGUUUGGGAUGUGAUGAGCGGUUAAAACUCA